AUGUUUCUCUGCGCGAUAUCCUUGCAUGAGGUUGAGCGAGCGCGAACCGGAAUCAGCAGGGCGGCCGAAGUGGUCGACCGUAGCGGACGCUUGGUGGUGUACCGAGCAUGGCAAGGGGCUGCGACUCGAGAUGCCAACGGACUCCUGAUGGCAGCCGCCGCAUUUCUCAAGCAGGCCGGUACUAAGCCUACGUACAUCACUUCCAAGCGCGGCACCUUCGCACAAUAUUAUUUUACUCUCCACAAGGACAACCAACUUAGACCUAGGAUGUCAAAAUACUUCUGCGACCAUGUGGGUGCCGCGCAUGAACUUGGUCGACAGCUGGUGCCUGUGGUCCGACUGGUCGCUGAUGUCUUCCGCCGGGUCUUCCCACAGCUCUACGAAUAUUAUUCCCGCACGCUCGAUUUUGCGCUCGGCGAUGACUCCGCUCUCGAAAGCCUGUUCUACCCCUUCGCAUCUUUCGCCCUCAACGUCGGAGACGUGGUUUGCUCGCGCCACCUUGAUUGUACUAACCUGGGUCCUGGCCUUUGUUGCAUCGUCCCUUUCGGCACGUUUGACCCUUCCGAGGACUGCCGGAUUGGCGUGGCGGAAUUGGGCUGUGAAGUGGAGGUAGGCCCGGGUGUGCCCAUCUGGUUGCCAUCCGCGGCUUUUACACACUACAACACACCGUUGAUGACGGAGGGCGCGACCCGUGGCUCGGCCGUUUUCUGGACAGGCGGUACGAUGUUUCAGCAUCGUGAACUCGGAGGGAGAAUGGUUUCUGAGCUCGCCCCAGAUGAGCUUCUCCUGUACCGUUCGGGCAGAGCUCAGCGUAUUGCGGACGGGAUCGCACGCUUCCCAAUGCGCUCUGUAGAAUAG